UCUUGAACUCCCGCAGCGACCAUGAACGAAGAAUUCGAUCAGUUCGACGGUGGCGAAAGCCCUCCCCACGACGAGGACAUUAUCGACAGUGACGCCGAGGAGCCCAAGUUCUCUUCAAAAGAAGAACGCAUCAUCGAAGCCGUCAAACAAAUGAUCUACCAUGAGAAUAUUCCGUUCCGGAAUCUUCGCGACUUCUGGCAGAAAGCCUCGAAGCAACUCGACGAGAACACCAGAUUUGGAGCCCGCCACCGCAUCAGAAUCCUAGGUAGGCGCAUCGAGGCAUUCCGAACUUGCACUUACAGGUCUCGGCCGCUAAUGUGUACAAUGUAGGAACUCGCUUGGCCUUUAAAUACAAGGAGCUGCGCAUCCGCGACGAGAGAUUGCCCGAUGCUCAACAAUACAUCAAUCGGGUUUGGCGCGAGAGAAGAGCUGCGGAGGCAGCCCAGAGACUGAGAGAUCGUGUUGCGGCGCAGCAGCGAGCCGCGGCCGUGGCGGCAGCGAAGGAAGAGUAAGUUGCGUUCUCCUUCCGACACGAUCGUACUGACAUCGGCACCUUGCAGGACGCCUUCAACAUUAGAAUUGCCAAUGCGAUGAAGAUGAGCCUGAGUAUGC